AUGAAGAAGAUCUACAAGAGACUUUGGAAGCUACCUCUACUCCCAAGAAUUAAUCAAUUUAUGUGGAAGUGUGUUAAAGAUGUUCUCUCCACUAGAGACAAACUCACUUAUGCCAUACAAGAUGGAGAUUUCAGUUGUGCUUUCUGCUCUCAAGUAAAUGAAACAGCUAUGCACUGUAUUCUUGAAUGUCCUCUGGUGAAACCUGUCUGGUUUGCAGCUUUAGGUAUCCAUACUCCCAAUAAUGUCAGCCUGGUGAACUGGUUAUGUAAUAAUUUUGAAAAUCUAGAAGCAGGUCACAUUCAAGAGGAAAAUAUGUGCAAAAUUACAAUUGUAGCAUGGUGUAUCUGGACACAUAGAUAUAACAAGAUCUUCAAGGGUACGACAACAACACCAGAUAUAAUUAUUCAAAACUGCAGGAAGUAUAUCUCUGAGUAUAUUGAGAUGGCUCGAAAGAGACCAGUCAAUAACCAUAAGCAAGUCAGACUUAAUCUUCAUUGGACUCCACCUCCAUAUGGAACUUUUACUAUUAAUGUUGAUGGUUAUUAUUACAAUAGUUCUGGUGGCAUUGGUCUUACAAUUCGAAAUUUUGCAGGAAAACACCAAGGAUCCAAAUGUGUCUACUUAGCUGAAUCUUUAAGCGCGGAACAUGCUGAGUGCAGGGGGCUAUGGGAAGCUGUGAAGUGGACAAAAGAAUUAAACUUGAAGGAGGUAUUUUUCGAACUGGACUCAAAGCUCGUGGUGGAUGCUGUAACUAAAGAAGAAUGCAACCUGGACUGGAGACUCCAUAAUCUAGUUAAAGAUAUUAAGACGUUUUUCAUGCAUCUAGCUCUUGGCAUUGUUACUAUGUGA